AGAACGUUAACCUGACAGUUUCGGUUCGAAGAAACUGUAAAAUUUGUCUCUUGAUGUAACAGCCGCCAUUUCACGGAAGCCAUGGUUUAUAUUUCUUUGAUAGGCUUUUGAAAUGUUUACAACUCCCGGAAGCUUCUCCCCUUUUUCUUAUGAAUGUUUUGUGAGCAUUUUGAACCGUCAGUGUUGAGAUAGCGUUGAACAGAGACAUUUGCAACAGAGUGAUGUAUUCACGCGAAUUGGGGAUUUAGAUUAGGUUGCGUUAGUCGGAUAGUGUGUUAGUGAGGAUGGUUCUGAGACUUGUUGGGUAACAGUUCAUUUAUAACGUCGCCGGUUUUAAUUAAAAUAGAUUUCAAGUCGAUGUAAGAUGGCGCUUAUUAUUAGCUUCAUUCGGCUGUUUAUUAUUUAAGAACUUUAAAUCGUGUUUUUGUUUUGCAUUAUUUCUUGGUACUUAUUUCUUCAGUUGAACUUUCUAGUAUUGAUUUUUGCUGGAAUACUUUAUUCUGAAUCAAAUCUCAAAUUUCCAAACGCACCUGAUUUCCUGCAGGAUGGGUGAAGUGGUGAGCGAGACGGUCAAUGGCGUGAAUCUGGCCAGUUUGACCACAGAGGAAUCGCUGUAUAAAUUACUGGAUGCAACUGAAGAUUUUGAUGAAAGGAAGAAAGUGCGAAAUCGCCUACGGCAGUUGCAAGCAGAACUCAGAGCCCAACGAGAGGAGGCCAUGAAACGGCGAGAACAGGACCGCGAGGAUAUGAUUCUGCAGAGGAAGAGGGACGCCGAGGAGUCGAAAAGGAGGAUGCUCGCCAUGUACGACAAUGCCGCUAAAACUGGCGUCAUGGACGUCAACAUAUACAAAAAGGCAGAACCAUCCUCAUCUCCUGCCGACGUCAUCCCUCUCGCCCCCAAAAGAGAUCUGGUCGAAGAGGGCAUCCAACAGAGGAAGAAAGAGGCCGAUGAGAGGAAGCAGAAACUGUUGGCCGCUUACGAUGCAGCUGCGAGAUCUGGAGUUCCUGGGCCCAAAACUGCCGAUUUUGAUGCCAUCAACAAUUCCACGUCCGCUCCUGUUACACCUGUCGCUAAGAAACCACCUGUGGAUUGUACGUUUGGAAACAUCAUACCUCCAAAGCCACAACAAAACAAUCAAAAAGUUUCAGCCAAGGCCAAGUUUCAGCAAAUGGACGCCGCCCAAAACAAACAAGCUCCAGCCAGACCCAGUUUCAGAGCUGGCGGUGGCGUAACGAGAAGCGCAAGUGACAUCAAAGACAUGCUUCUGCACUGGUGCAAGAGCAAAACCAGAGAAUAUGAGAAUGUGGAAAUUACAAAUUUUUCUACCUCAUGGAACGAUGGCAUGGCCUUCUGUGCUCUCAUCCAUCAUUUUUAUCCUGAUGCUUUCGAUUUCAACGCCCUCAACCCCAAAAACAGGAGGCACAACUUCGAACUUGCUUUUAGAAUUUCGGAGGAGAAAGCUGACAUCGCUCCGUUACUCGAUGUAGAAGACAUGGUUUUGAUGAAAAAACCCGACUGGAAGUGUGUCUUCACCUAUGUCCAGAGUUUCUACAGAAAACUUCACGAUAGAGACUAAUUCUUCAUCAGAUGUUUUCAUCGGAAAUAUUCAAAGACGUGACGUGGUGUCGGAGACAAAGUCACGAUCGACUAUAUUUGUAUAUUUGAAAUGACGUGCUCUUUGAGUCGACUUUAUGCUACUUAAAAUAUUCUUUUUUCCUCCCCUCUUGUACCCGAUGACCUAGAUUAGGUUCAGGUAGACACCCUUCUUGUAUGCACAUUAAGGUAAUUUAUAUUGUUUCUACGUUUAAAUAAAGUGACCAGAUUUUCUGUAUUUAUCUGGAAUAGUCCAGAGUUUUAACUCGAUGUCUCUUAUGAUAUGUCCUGAUUUCGAAUACUUGAUUCAGAUUGUACUGUUUAUCACGAAUAAAUUAAUCAUGCGUAUCAAAAUAUUAAAAGGUUAUACAGAUUAAAUUUUACAACGGCAGAUUUUUAAAAAAUUUCCUUCAUUUUUUAAAAUUCAUAACGAACAUGCGGCGAUCUGUUUUAACCCUUUAUAGUCUCCAUCACUGGUUAGACUUAAGAUUCCGGCAAAGUUAUGUCGCCAAACUUGUGGAAAGUUCGCCAAAUGGGCGCCAUCCUUGAUAACGGCGAAAAGUGAACUAUCGUUUUUGAAAUAAUUUUUUGUUCUAUAGGGUUAUAGUGGAAAAUUUUUGGUUGCCAUAUCUCAUCAUUGAUCGUUAAAAAAGCCUAAUUUGGCGAUUGUAUCGUAUUGACCGAGUCUAUUAUAUGUUGUAACUGAGAAUUAAUAAAUAAGGAUUAUUAUUAAAAUUAUUUUUCAGAUAAUUAUUUAAAUAAAGGACGAUAUUUUAGUGCCUGGAUUACUAAUAAUUUUCAUUAUAUUGAAACUAUUGUUGACAUUAAUCUUGAUUCUGAAUAUUCUGAAUGAAUAUUCAAUCGGCUAAUUUGCUUUUACCAGUUAAACUCCCCCUUCCUUUCUUACUAUUUAAGAGGUUCCGGCCUGAAGCUCAGAAAUUCUGGUCACUUUUGUAUAAACAACAAAAAAUGACCGAACUCUUUGUCGUUGUUUGAUAUGUGGUGAUGCAGUUGUUUGUAUGAAAGAAAAACUAAAAUUUUAGGGGUCAUUCGUUUUUAGGAUUUUUUUUACAUGUAGUUGUUAGGAAUUCUGUCUCAAUUGAUUAUAGAUAAGGUUUGCCAUAAAGGCACUAUUCAACAUUUGAACAAAUGUUGAUGUUUCUUAAAGAUGUUUUUAUUUUUUAUUUUAUAGGAACCAUAAUUUUUUUUAAAGUUUUUUUUUCGAACCUUAAUAAUUUUUUUAAAUGUCGAUUCUUAUAAUUUCAUCUUUUUAAAAUAACAGUAUGACUUUUCAUCAAAUUGAUGUAUAAGUAACCACCAUUUUAUUGAAGGCUUGCCCAAACUUUAUUAUGAGUUCCUCAUUUCUUUUUUUGGUUUUAAUGUUGGCCUAAAAAUUCUCUUCAUAUCUAUGGAUGAAGUUCACAUAAUAUUAAUCAAAUUUUUAUUACUCUUUAUGAAAAACAAAUUUUUAUUCACAAAAGCUGCUAAUUUAUUAACAUGAUUUAAAAUCAUCGUUCGUUUUGUGAAAAUCUGGGAUUUUAUUUGCUACUGAAAAUGCUCUGUAUGACUUAGCAACAAUGUUUUGUUGCUUGUCUAUAUAUAAAAUAUAUUUCUUCAAGCGCACCACCAAUGAGAUUUUAGUUUAGUUAACUUAUUAGUAACGAGACUUGAAAUUUCUCACGAAAUUUUUUUCAUGUUAGUAAUAUAAAGAAUUGGGCAUAUAUUUAUUUAUACAUGUAAAUUGUACAUGCGCUAUUUUAGACGCUUUUUCGACGAAUUAGCUAAAACUGAUGAUAAAAUGUAUACUUUUUUGUGGAGGAUUUUAGAAUUAAAAAUCAAUGUAUGAAUUUAAAUAGUAGAAUGCACAUUUUUGCUUAUUUUUAAAAUAACAGUCCAAAUGGGAUAUAAAUCAGUUUCGAUGUCAUAAUGUUUAGUCGAUGGAAGUUUUCCAGCAUUUGUGAUUAACGAAAAAAAUUAAUGAAUUAUUUUUGUUUGCGACUUGAACAUAAGCCUGUUUUUGCUUUUGCAGUUUUGGAAAAUUUUCCAAAACAUCAAAAUUUCGAGGCUCUGUUACAGCAUUUAUUUGUUACAGCAAGUGCUGUAGCAUAAUACAGAAAGAUCCUUCAUGAGAUUAUUAAAUUGAGAUUCAUUAAAGAUUCAUUAAAUUGAGUGAAUUUGAUGUUCAAUAAAAUGAGGAUAUUUAUUUUUAAAUACAUCAUAAGUCAUAACGAUCUUUCUAUCCACUAUUUUUAUAUUUAAAAGUAAAAAUAUUUUAGUUUCUUUAAAAAAUAAAAAAAAAUGUUUGAAGUUCAGUUUGGCCUUUUUUUUUUAUAAAACUUAUAUUUUGCAUAAACUUUGAAUUCGUGAGGCAGUUUUGUUGUGUCCGACUAGUCAAAUUUGAUGACUGAGCUUAUAAUAGUGCUUCAUUUUUUUUGUACAGUUUCAUAUUCUUUGUUAUCCUUGUUUUAUGUUUUUAUUUUAUAUGCUUUGUCUUCGUCCGAAUCUAUCCGUAUGUAAGGUGGUGCGUUUCGUAUCACUAAUCUAACAUUUGUUGUACUAAUAAAAGAUUAAUUAUUGUUAUGAAA